AUGACUUACAUUCCCACACCCAUAAGUAGUUAUUAUUUAUCCACUGCGAUAAGCUACGGUAAUUUGUUCAAAGAAAUAUUUUCCCCACUCUUAGCUGUUAGCAGCUCUACAGAUUUGUCUCGUACUAUUUAUUUGCAAGUAAAUAACAAUCAGAUAUGGAAACGGUGCUUGAACAGCAACCAUAGAGAAAAGUUAAAUUCAGAGCUUCGUUUAAGACUUAUGUAUGAUAGGUACUUUGAUGUAACACAAGAACUAAGAGAUCUGUAUGAAGAUAAAGAUGGUCUACGCAAGGCUGAUAUUCAAACACUUUCCGGUCCAAAUGAAUUUAACGAGUUUUAUGAUAGAUUAAAGCAGAUUAAAGAAUUUCAUCGCAAGCAUCCUGGCGAGAUAUGUGUCCCAAUGUCUGCCGAGUUUGAAAAGUACAAAGAAAUGAGAGAAAGACCAGAAGAAGCGAAUGCUGUACUUAUUGACUUUUCAGAUGAGGAAGGCUAUGGUCGUUAUCUGGAUUUACAUGAUGUGUAUAAGAAAUAUCUGAAUGUAAAAGGUGUUCCACGCAUAGAUUAUCUCACUUAUAUCUCCUUCUUCGACCGAUUGUAUGAUAUAUCUCGUGAUAAAAAGGGAAUAGCAUAUAAAGCCUACCUCGAAGAGUUGCUUGGUUAUCUUGAAAAUUUCGUAUCGCGUGCCAGACCUAUAGUGGAUUUAGAAGAGGAAACUAAAGAAGCGCUUGCUAAAUUUGAAACACAAUGGACUCAAGGAACAUUUCCUGGUUGGGGUCGUGAGGCAGCAUCUGCCUUAGCGCAUGGAGGUGCUCAUUUGGACUUGACCGCUUUUACAGCCUGGGAAGAACUUGCUUCACUUGGACUUGAUAGGCUUAAGUCAGCGUUACUCGCGUUGGGCUUAAAAUGUGGUGGAACUUUGGAGGAAAGAGCUCGUCGCUUAUGGGCUACAAAGGCAAAUCACUCGAAGAGUUUCGCUAAGACAGCUGCAUGGGGACAUGUACCUCCAGCGCUAUCUGAAAAGCUAAAAGAAAUCGCUACACUAGAGGCUAGAAUAUACAGACUCAGUGAACUGGUCAAAGAACAUCGCGAAGCUACUAUUGAGAACGUACAACGUCGUCAGGCACGAAUAGGAUUCGAACGAGAUGAAGAUGAUACAGAUGCAGAUAAGGAUGCUACAGGUGCAGAAAACGGUCAGAAUGAAGAGGAUGAUGAUAUUCCUUAUAACCCUAAGAAUCUACCCCUUGGAUGGGACGGGAAACCUAUUCCAUAUUGGUUGUACAAAUUGCAUGGAUUAAAUAUGUAUUAUAGUUGCGAAAUAUGCGGUAAUCAAACAUACCGUGGUCCUAAAGCAUUUCAACAACAUUUUUCUGAAUGGCGACAUGCUCAUGGUAUGCGAUGUUUAGGCAUACCGAAUACAAUUCAUUUUGCUCACGUAACAAAAAUUGAAGAAGCUUUAGCUUUAUGGCAACGAAUAAGAACAAUGAAAGAAGCUGAACGUUGGCGUCCAGAAGUUGAAGAAGAAUUAGAAGAUUCUGUCGGCAAUGUUGUAUCUCGUAAAACAUAUGAAGAUUUAAAACGUCAAGGUCUUCUUUGAAAAAAUAUCCUGAAUAAAAUUUUUUCUUAUUCUUG